UUCCAGGAGGAGCUCCAGUCCCGUCACGCCAGCCCUGAGACGGUUAUCCUCACGGAGCAGGUCUUCAUCCGAAAGUCUGGAAAGUCUGAGCCUGACCUCACAAACGACUUCCACACUCUGCAGCUCGAGGCUGAUGAAGAGCAGCGUGUCAGAACCCGUCCUUCUGUACAACAAGAAGGACAGUGGAGGCCCUCUGGAGACCAGCAUGAGAGCUGAAACAAACACCAGCAGCUCCACGUAUAGUCUAACGUCCUCUGUCAGCAGCAGCAUUUGUCCUGCAGACUCUGCUGAAAUCAGCGUCCAGGGAAGCAUCCAGUUUGCUGUGAACUACAUCCAGAAGCUUGGAGAGCUUCAUGUUUUUGUGAUGCACUGCAGAGAUCUGGCCUCAGCUGACAGAAAGAAACAUCGCUGUGACCCGUAUGUGAAAUGUUAUCUUCUUCCAGACAAAACUAAGCUGGGAAAGAGAAAAACCAGUGUGAAAAAGAGGACAUUAAACCCCACCUACAACGAAAUCCUGACGUUUAAAGUAACGAUGCCGGAGUUGAAAACUCAGAGUCUGAGCGUUUCAGUGUGGCACGACAGCAGCUUCGGACGCAACCAAUUCCUGGGUGACGUGAACCUGAAUCUGUUGGAGUGGGACUUCAGCAACACACAGAUGAAUGAAUAUGCAUUAAAAACCAGGGUGUCAGCAGCAGCCUCGGCACCAGCUCCCUCGUGUCUCAUCGACAGCAGAGCACAGAUGAGAGUCGCUCUGAGGUUCCUGCCGCAGACAUCCCUCAGUAGAACGUCUACGAUGGAAAGCGCUGAGGUGCAGAUUUGGGUGAAAGACUGCAAGAAUCUUCCGCCGGUUCGAGGCCUCAUUAUCGACCCAUUUGUGAAAUGUGCUCUACGUCCUGAUACAAGCCGGAGGAGCCGACAGAGAACCCGCGUAGUGACAAGGACAGCCAAUCCCAUGUUUAACCACACCAUGGUGUAUGACGGCGUCCGACCAGAGGAUCUCAGGGAGGUCUGCGUUGAGCUCACAGUGUGGGAUCAUGGCCGACUCGACAAUCACUACAUCGGAGGUCUGAGGCUUGGCCUGGGAACAGGUGACAGUUUGCUCCAUCGUCAGACUAUCAAGUACAAAUGCUGUAGAAACCUCAGGAUGAAGGAUGUGGAGCAGUUCUCCUGUCCGUGGAUCUGUGGAGGACUGUCACGCCACAGCGGCUGA